AUGAGGAGGAGGAGGAAAGAUGGCGGAAGAGCCGCAAGGGGACCCGGAAGCACUUACCCUCUACUUCCUCCCGUUUGCCUUCUGCCUCACCUAGAGCCGUCCGGUGGCGGACUGUCUCUGAGACGCUUCCUGUCCGUAAUAGUCACCAUGAUUCUUCAGAGGCUCUUCAGGUUCUCCUCUGUCAUUCGGUCUGCAAUCUCAGUCCAUUUGAGGAGGAAUAUUGGUGUUACAGCGGUGGCGUUUAAUAAGGAACUCGAUCCUUUACAGAAACUCUUCGUGGACAAGAUUAGGGAAUACAAAACUAAGCGACAGUCAUCUGGAGGGCCUGUUGAUGCCGGCCCAGAGUAUCAGCAAGACCUGGAGAGAGAGCUUUUUAAGCUUAAGCAAAUGUAUGGCAAAGUAGACAUGAAUACAUUCCCAGACUUCAAAUUUGAAGAUCCCAAAUUUGAAGCCGUGGAAAAACCCCAGUCUUGA